UAUAUGUAUUUUUCUUCAACCUCCAAGAAUCAUUAUCUUCUUCAACCAAUACAAUAUUAAGUAGCCAACCCCCAUGUUCUAGAUUGGUAAAAAUAUUGAUUUCUUUUAUAUUAUUUUCCUUUUUUUUAUUAGACUUGCCCAUUGCUUGCCUUAUAAUUCAAAAUCAGCUUAGAAAUUUGGAAAGAUUUGGUCAGAUCUUGCUUUGUGAGUUGUGGAGAUUUUGUUGCGUUUUUUACUUCUUUACAAAGCUAAACUCAUCACCAUUUUAAAGUAAGCCAAAAAACAAGAACCCCAUCAAAAAAAAAAAGCCAACUUUUUUUUCUUCUCAUAUUUCAAAGAUCUGUUUUUUAAUUUUGAAAAAUUGGAACAAUGGGAAUGGCAGAAGCAGAGUCUCAGUUUCAUGUUUUAGCUGUUGAUGAUAGCAUAAUAGACAGGAAACUCGUUGAAAGGCUAUUAAAAACUUCAUCUUGUCAAGUUACUACUGUUGAUUCUGGAAGUAAAGCUUUAGAAUUUUUGGGUUUACAAGAAGAUGGCAACAAUCAUCAAGAAGCUGAAAUCAAUCUUAUUAUCACAGAUUACUGUAUGCCUGGGAUGACAGGCUAUGAUUUGCUCAAAAAAAUUAAGGAAUCUUCAUCUCUGAGAAACAUACCUGUAGUGAUUAUGUCAUCUGAAAAUGUUCCUUCAAGAAUCAAUAGAUGUUUAGAAGGAGGGGCAGAAGAAUUUUUCUUGAAGCCAGUAAGAUUAUCAGAUGUUAAUAAACUUAGACCUCAUAUGAUGAAAACCAGAAGUAAAAGCCAGCAACAAGAAGCUGAGAAAAUUGUGACACAAGAAAAAAUAGAAAUUGCAUCAGAAGAAGUACCACAAACAGAGUCAAAUACAGAACAAAAUCAACAGCAGAAAUUACAAGCCAAUAAUAAUAACAAGAGGAAGGCCAUAGAAGAGAAUCUAUCACUAGACAGAACAAGACCAAGAUACAGUAUUAAUGGCCUUACCGCUGUCUGAUCUAAUGAUGCAUAUAUUAUUUUUACUUUUUCUCCACAAAUAUAGCAAGUAAUUCUGAUAUUAAUAUUUAGGUUACUUCUUUUUUGGUUUCUGUUAUAACGUUCUUUAAUUACCAACUUACAUAGCUUGAAUACGAGAUUAAGCGACAUGGAAAAUUAUUUCAGCCAAUUUUGUUUUCCUAAUAUAAGAGGGGUACAACAUAUUCUCUCUUGCUUCUUGUAAAUAGACAGAUAUAUAACAUACAAGUGUUUUUUCAUUGAA